AUGGAGUUGAUGGGGUGUGGAAGGUUUAGGGGGUGCCUUGUUCUUGUGUUGUUUGCUGCACUGUUGGUGGGUCUAGUGAGUGGAAUUGGUGUUAACUGGGGCACACAAUUAACACACCCUUUGCCAUCGUCCACCGUGGUGAAAAUGCUGAAGGACAAUGGUAUUCAGAAAGUUAAGCUUUUUGAUGCUGACCCUGAUAUUUUAGAUGCUCUAAAGAAAUCUGGGAUUCAGGUGAUGGUGGGUAUACCAAAUGACAUGCUCUACACAUUGGCCAACAGUAUGCAAGCAGCUCAAAAAUGGGUUUCCAAGAAUGUUUCAGCACACAUCUCAUCUGGGGGAGUGGACAUCAGGUAUGUUGCAGUGGGAAAUGAACCUUUCUUGUCAACUUACAAUGGUUCAUUUAAAACCACAACCCUUCCAGCUCUUCAAAACAUUCAAUCAGCUCUUGUGAAAGCUGGUUUAGGGAAUCAGGUUAAAGUCACUGUCCCUCUAAAUGCGGACGUGUAUCAGAGCGCACAAGUACCUUCUGAUGGCGACUUCAGGCAAGACAUCCAUGAUCUCAUGGUGCAGAUUGUCCAGUUCUUGAGCCAGAACAAUGCUCCAUUUACCGUGAACAUCUAUCCUUUCAUUAGCCUCUAUGAAGACCCCAAUUUUCCUGUUGAUUAUGCCUUCUUCAAUGGCUUUCAAUCCCCCAUAAAUGACAAUGGAAGGAUCUAUGACAAUGUCUUCGACGCCAACCAUGAUACUCUCGUAUGGGCGCUGCAGAAAAAUGGUUUUGGAAACAUGCCUAUAAUUGUAGGAGAAGUUGGGUGGCCUACAGAUGGAGACAGAAAUGCAAACCUUGAAUAUGCGCAACGGUUUAACCAAGGGUUCAUGUCGCGCUACAUCGCCGGAAAGGGGACACCAAUGAGGCCUGGUCCUAUGGAUGCUUACUUGUUCAGUCUCCUAGAUGAAGAUAACAAAAGCAUUCAGCCAGGUAAUUUUGAAAGACAUUGGGGUUUGUUUUACUAUGAUGGACAACCCAAGUAUCAGCUUAACAUAGGAUCAAGAAAUGGCUUAGUAGCUGCAACUGGGGUAGCAUAUCUAGCAAAAAAGUGGUGCAUCUUGAAACCCUCAGCAAACCUCAACAGUGACCAAGUGGCACCAAGUGUGUCUUAUGCUUGUCAAAAUGCAGAUUGUACAAGCCUUGGAUAUCAAACUUCAUGUGGUAAUUUAGAUGCUCGUGGUAACAUCUCUUAUGCAUUCAAUAGCUAUUACCAAGUGAAUGACCAGAUUGACAGUGCAUGCAAAUUCCCUGGUCUUUCUGUUGUCACUGACAAAGAUCCUUCAACUGGAGAUUGCAAAUUCAAAAUCAUGAUUCAGACAGAUUCUGCUGUCCUACAUGGGAAUGGGAGAAUUUGGCAUCUCAGAAUAGUACUCUUGUUAUGUUUGUUUUUCACUCUUCUGUCACCCUGA